UAGUUUAAAGAUGUACACCUAUGAAAGAGUUCGUGCCCGAAAUUUCGCUAGAACCUGGGGAUUUGUUCAAUGUUCGCAGGCUAUACCAAUCGCUAUUGGUGUUCCGAUAUCAGGGUACAUGAACGUUGGUUGUGGUGGAAAGGCCGGCUACUACUUCAGCUCAACGUGUGUUCUGGUUGGCAGCUUCACCCUGUUCUUCAUUGAUCUUCAUCGAAGGAAUCUCUCUAGACAUAAACAUACCAGAGCGAAUGGGACCAAACAUCUGUGCUUAUCGGAUACUUGUCCUCAAAGAAGGAGAUUUUCUUUUAGUCAAGAACCUGAAAACGAAGGAGUAGCUGCUGGAGCUACUGCAGCGGCUCUGGUGCUAGGUGCUGAGCUUGCACCUGGGUCAGGUAAUCGAGGCGAAAUUAUAGAUGCACUUGGAAUGGAUAAACCUGAAUUGACUUGCAUUUCUGAAGAAGGCAUCGCUGAUAUGGAUUUACCGGACAAUCUUCUUGAUGACCUUGACUAUAUUGGCGACUGUAUCACUUCAUGUAAUAAGGUUGAAAACUAUUUGAUGCUCUCCGAAUUUGAGAACAACCUUAUUGCUGAGAUGCCGAUAAUUCUGGAUCGAAGAGGUCGCAGAUGGUCCUUAGCAAGAUCAAAAGGUCCAAGUUCCGGUAGUCAAGGCGGCAUCAGCCAAGCACCUCCCGAAGAGGAAGAAUCAAAACCAAAAUGGCGAUUAAUGACCGCCCCGCCAAAUAACAGAGUUAUUACGGUCAUCGAUGAAGCUAGCUCGUAAUGAUUACAGCGUCUGUAAAUAUGACUAUAUUUAUUUAUGUUAAUUUAUUUUAGCGUUAACAGUGUUCACACAUUGACAUAUGUGAGCAUAACUUGUAAAAUCGAAGGAAAAGAAAAUAAGAAUGCUGGAAUGUGGACGCUUUGUUAUCUUCAAGACUCAUACGAAACUUCAUUCAGCGAAAGUAUAAAGAAUCUUGUACGUAGUUGGAGUCAAAUGAUAACGGAAAAAAGCAGUGGCGUUAAAACGAACGCCCCGACUAAAAUGAAUCUACACCGUGAAUCCGUUUCAUUCUUACUUUGUCGAGGACAAUAAUGCUUUCCUUCGUUUCGUUUGCAUACAUCGAAAAUAAUCUUGUCACUUGCAUAACGAAUACUUUUGCAUUUGACUUGAUAAAACCGAUA